CCGAUCCCUAUCCUACCACGAUGCCUUCCAAAUCACCAGCACAGUCGCUACUGGAGAAGGCCGACAAGAAGGCCAACUCAACAAGUGGCUGGUUUUCUUCAUCGAACACCAAGUAUGAGGAGGCCGGCGAUCUCUAUCAGCAGGCCGCGAACGCGUUCAAGAUUGACAAGCUCUUCCGCGAGGCGGGUGAUGCGCACGCGAGGGAGGCGGAGUGCAGAGAGAAAUGCUCCGAGAUCAAUGAGGCUGCGAACGCGUGGUGGAAUGCCGCCAAGGCGUAUAAGAGGGGACACCCAGAACUCGCCAUCCAGGCUUUGACGCAAACGAUCACACAUUUAUGCAAGAGUGGUCGCUUCCGUCAGGCGGCAGAUCGAGAGAAGGAGAUAGGUCAGAUAUACCUCACGGAGCUCAACGACCUUCGGAAAGCCUGCGAGAGCUUCGAGCGUGCCGGCGAAUGGUACGCUCAAGAGGAUGCUACUGCGACUUCAAAUGCUUGCUACAAGGAUGCCGCCGAUCUCCACGCCGAACUGGAGAACUACCCACAAGCCAUUGCCCGCUACGAGCAAGUAGCGAAUGGAUCGCUAGGGUCGGCCCUCACGAAGUACAGCGUGAAGGAGUACUGGCUGCGGGCUAGCCUGUGCGCUUUGGCUAUGGGGGACACCGUUACAGCCAAGCGCAACUUGUCGAAGUAUUCGUCUCUGGACACGACGUUCUCUUCGACGCGCGAAGCCAAGUUCGUCAAUAUCCUCAUUGACGCAAUCGAGGCUGGCGAUAUGGAGACGUUCACCGGCGCGGUGUUCGAGUAUGACCAGGUCACGAAGCUCGACAACUGGAAGACCAACAUCUUGUUGAAGAUUAAGAGGGGCAUCCAGGACGAGCCUGGCCUUACUUAGACUGCUGUUGAUGCUCCAUACGAUGCCAUUGAUGCCAGGACAAUCUCGCGAUGUACUCAUAUACUAUCACUAUUACUGGAUUGCGUUUGGAUUGCGCUUUAGUAAGCGAUUGACACCGCAUUACUUGUGACUAUCGUCUCUUAAAUCCUGCGUUACAUAUCGUCUACCACAAGUUGCAUGCGC